AAAUCGUUCAACACAGAGAGGAUAGAGAAACUGAAGCCCCAAAAAUUAUCAAAAACGUGUGGAUAAUUUGCGGAAUACGGUCAGUGUGUGGAUACUGUUUUUGUGGCGAUCGCGUUCGGCGUGUUCUGAGAUAACCCGCCAAAAAUGUUUCCGUUAUCGAGGGUAGAGGUUGGAAAGAUUUUUCCAACGGUGUUGAUUUUAUGCGACGUUUCCACUGUAGAUCACCUGGAACAGCUGUUUCUAAAGGCACUUAACAAGCUAGCGCUUCGUAUUAGAGCUGCUCCGGAUGUAGCUUCUUGGAUUUUGUUUGCUAUCAACGAAAUGUUGUUUAUUGGAACACUAGAGAUUCACGAGGUUGAAGUUGCGUUAAAAUACGGUAUUGGUCUAGGGAUCGGUGGACUUCCGCUAGAUGUAUACCGGAGAAGACCAAUAGAAGGUAUCAGUUCUACAGUUGCAGAAAUAUACAGUGAGCUGGAUGUUGAAUUCAUGUACACCAUGGAUGCUACUAUUGAUUUGACUAGACUAUCGGAUGAACCAGGAAACAGAACUUCCCGGAAUCGACGCCGCCGUUUGCGACGAAGACAAUUAAAUAAGGUCAAUGCAAAACGUCGGCGGGAACGCAUUGCUUCCGCAAUUCUUGCAGAGAUAGACAAUGAGCUAUCGGAUGUUGACUGUGUGUACGACAUUGAUGAAGCUACUGUUGAUUUGACUGGACCUGCCGAUAAAAUCGGAACGACAUCCCGACGCAGGCGUCGGCGUUUUCAAAAACGAAAACUCGAACAGGCUAAUAAUGUGCAGGAUGCCAAACGCUAUCGGAACGAUGGACUUAACGAUGUGGAAUUUAUGUACGACGUGAAUGAUACUAUUGAUUUAACAAGACUUGCCAAUGAAGUUGGCAUGAUGCCCGAUUGCCGAAUGGAGGGUGGUUCUAGUCCAGUGAUAAACGGAAUAGAGUUCUGUAUUAAUAUGAUUGAAAACGAAUUUAAUGAGUAUAACAAUAAUAUCGAACGGCAACUCGUUAAGCUUUCUUCGUCCUUUAUUGACGUGCCUGAUAUCAGGUAUAAUCAGGAUAUGGAAUACGACAUGAAUGCCACUAUUGACUUGACCAGACACACCGAAGAGGCUGGAACAACCAAUUUUUAUCAGAGAGAAGAUGAAUCCACUAAAUCUGGAAUGGAGCUCUGGACUGAUACGAUGGAAAACGAAUUUGAUGAGAAUGAUGAUGAUGUGAUUUUUAUCGACACAAAUUACGUCAAGCAUUCUUCAUCCGUCGGUGACGAACAGGAGCGCAGAUCUGCUCAGCACAUUACCAAUCAUCGAAUCGGUAUUUUUUGCCCUCGACCGUACCGUUCUCGCCUGAUGAAUCGUAUUAUGUCCGCGAUGGACAGUAUUCCAGCCUGGAAGCCCUAUCCGCAAUAUAAACGAAACGGGUAUUCCUUGGAUACCAUGUGGUUCCUUGCGGCGAAUGAAUUUUCAGCAUCUUGGAUGAUUGACACUGUAGCAGCUAUAGCCAAGGAGCCGAACUGGCGCGCUGUUUCACUGCUGGUCGAACCCUGGAACAACAACUUUGUGGUGAAGAAUGUAAUUGAAUUAACACUGCCGUGGAAAAGGUAUCCAGGGAACCGAAAGGCAAAAGUUGUUCAACGUUUGCGCAAAGCGAACGUCGUUUACGGGUCAAACCAUUGGAAUCUGAUCGGUUGCAAACUGGAAAAGUUCAAAAUUAGAGUCAGACUUGCUGUGAAUGAAGAAACGAUGCUUUCGUUGAAGAAGACACAGUUUUAUGUGUUCUACGGUUUCAGUCAGUACCGGUGCCAAGUUAUCAAGGCAACUACAAAGUAAAAUAGUUCACCUUUCGAGCUUUCACCUUUUAUCGAUGAACUAAUCCGUUUUAUUUUGUUAAAUUACAUCAGUAGGAAUGUGCCGUGAAUUACAUUGAAAUAUCAUAUAACAAA